CCGAGUCUGGCAGUUCUGAGUGUGUUGAGUCUCGUCACCUGUGGAGCUGGGAGUGCUCCCCACAGCCUCAGGAUGCCUGCAGCGCUGGUGGAGAACAGCCAGGUGAUCUGUGAGGUCUGGGCCAGCAACCUGGAGGAGGAGAUGCGCAAGAUACGGGAGGUCGUGCUCAGUUACAGCUACAUCGCCAUGGACACAGAAUUUCCAGGUGUUGUGGUGCGACCCAUCGGUGAAUUUCGUAGUUCCAUUGAUUACCAGUAUCAGCUUUUACGAUGCAAUGUUGAUCUUUUAAAAAUUAUCCAACUUGGACUUACGUUCACGAAUGAGAAGGGAGAAUAUCCUUCUGGAAUCAACACUUGGCAGUUCAACUUCAAAUUCAACCUGACUGAGGACAUGUACUCCCAGGAUUCCAUAGAUCUCCUGGCCCACUCGGGGCUGCAGUUCCAGAAGCACGAGGAAGAAGGGAUUGACACGCUGCACUUUGCAGAGCUGCUCAUGACGUCAGGCGUGGUUCUCUGUGAUAACGUCAAGUGGUUGUCCUUUCACAGUGGCUAUGAUUUUGGCUACAUGGUCAAGUUACUCACGGAUUCUCGCUUGCCAGAAGAAGAGCAUGAAUUUUUCCACAUUCUGAACCUUUUCUUUCCAUCCAUCUAUGAUGUGAAGUACUUGAUGAAGAGCUGCAAAAAUCUCAAGGGAGGCCUUCAGGAGGUGGCAGAUCAGUUGGACCUACAGCGCAUUGGGAGGCAGCACCAGGCUGGCUCGGACUCCCUGCUCACUGGCAUGGCCUUCUUCAGGAUGAAGGAGCUGUUUUUUGAGGACAGUAUUGAUGAUGCCAAGUACUGCGGGCGGCUGUAUGGGCUAGGCACAGGCGUGGCCCAGAAACAGAGCGACGACGUGGACUCUGCACCUGAGAAAAUGAGCAUCCUGGCCCUCAUCAGCAGCAUGCAGCAGUGAGCCCUGGCCCGGCCCCACACUGCUCACCACACAUUGCACCGUCAUGCACCCAGAGCAGUGUCAGCCUCACCUGGACAAAAUCUGGAGUCACAGGAGGCAGUCUGCUAAGCACAGCCACCAAGUCUUCCCCACUGCACCUGGCAUCUGCAUCUGUGGCUCCUUUUUAAAUACCCAGGACAAGUCGAAACAAAUGAGUAAAGUGUCUAUAACUCUUACCUGUUGUCUCGUUUCUUUUGAAACCUGUUGCUUGCUUGAGGAUGAGGACCUGCAGCUCAUUCUCAGCUGAGCCCAGCUCACACUCUGGUGUUGCUGUGGAGAGCUGAGACUCGGUCCCUCCUGUGCCUCUCACCCUUCACUUUGCAGUGUACUACUCUAUGAAAUGAAUUGUUUGGUGCUGCUAAGAUGAGAAUGCCAAGAAGAUGGAAAAGGCUUCUGAAAACUCCCAUGCUGGUCCUGGCCCUUCCAUUCCCCAAGGACCCCAGUCAACCACUAGCGUCUUCUCUACACUCUACUGCCAGAGAUUCUGUGUUCCACAGGCCAUUCAAAAUCAUCUCACUCUUGAGCCUGACAGGAGUCAGGCCAGAUUUUGGAUCAAGCCGGUUGGAUUUCUGGUGACACCAUUUCAGACGCUCUUCAGGUUCUCUACAGAGUCCUUUUCCCUGUUUUUCCUGUUAGCAGGCUGGGGGUGUAGGGUGAAGGUAGGAGGAGUCCCAGAAACAGGGAUCUUCAAACAGUCCAUGGACGGAAAGAAAGGGCUACCUGAAGCGGGAAGCUCACAAAUUGGCGUUUUUACAAACUAGCCAUUUAAGUGAUACAGUAUUUUCUGAAUGACUAGAGUAUGGAGACAAGUUUCCCAAAACCGAUCGUUGCCCCCUCCUUGACAGAUGUACAUGAGAACUGGUACCACUGUACUGGAUGACUGGGCCUGCUAUAAAAUUUCAUCUGGAAUGAGUAAAUGUCACAUUAUAAGCUGGUAUUUAAGACGCUUGUAAAUAUUGUUUUUAAUUUUAUAAAAUAAAAAUUUUUA